GGUUCCUGGGCAGGGCACGGAAGGCUGAGCGAGCCUGACCUGCUGCAGCUCCCGCCUCGUACGCUCGCCCCACCCCGCCGCCACCCGAGCACUCGAGAAAGCCUUUUCGGGAGAAGCAGCGCCUGUUCCCCGGGCAGAUCCAGGUUCAGGUCCUGGCUGUGAGUCACCAUGGCGCAGCAAGCUGCUGAUAAAUAUCUCUAUGUGGAUAAAAACUUCAUCAAUAACCCACUGGCCCAGGCAGACUGGGCUGCCAAGAAGUUGGUAUGGGUGCCUUCCGACAAGAGUGGCUUCGAGCCAGCCAGCCUCAAGGAGGAGGUGGGCGAGGAGGCCAUUGUGGAGCUGGUGGAGAAUGGGAAGAAGGUGAAGGUGAACAAGGAUGAUAUCCAGAAGAUGAAUCCGCCCAAGUUUUCCAAGGUGGAGGACAUGGCAGAGCUUACAUGCCUCAACGAAGCUUCGGUGCUGCACAACCUCAAGGAGCGUUACUACUCAGGGCUUAUUUACACCUAUUCAGGCCUUUUCUGUGUGGUCAUCAAUCCUUACAAGAACCUGCCUAUUUACUCUGAAGAGAUCGUGGAAAUGUACAAGGGCAAGAAGAGGCACGAGAUGCCACCCCACAUCUAUGCCAUCACAGACACUGCCUACAGGAGUAUGAUGCAAGAUCGGGAAGAUCAGUCUAUUCUGUGCACGGGAGAAUCUGGAGCGGGCAAGACAGAGAAUACCAAGAAAGUCAUCCAGUACCUGGCACAUGUGGCUUCCUCACACAAGAGCAAGAAGGACCAGGGGGAGCUGGAGCGGCAGUUGCUGCAGGCCAACCCCAUCCUGGAGGCCUUUGGGAAUGCCAAGACCGUGAAGAAUGACAACUCCUCGCGAUUUGGCAAAUUCAUCCGCAUCAACUUUGAUGUCAAUGGUUACAUCGUGGGUGCCAACAUCGAGACUUAUCUUUUGGAGAAGUCUCGUGCUAUCCGCCAAGCCAAGGAGGAACGGACCUUUCACAUCUUCUACUACCUGCUGUCUGGGGCUGGCGAGCACCUGAAGACUGACCUCCUGUUGGAACCGUACAACAAAUACCGCUUCCUGUCCAAUGGGCAUGUCACCAUCCCUGGGCAGCAGGACAAGGACAUGUUCCAGGAAACCAUGGAGGCCAUGAGGAUUAUGGGCAUCCCAGAAGAGGAGCAAAUGGGCUUGCUGCGGGUCAUCUCGGGUGUUCUUCAGCUUGGCAACAUUGUCUUCAAGAAGGAGCGGAACACAGACCAGGCUUCCAUGCCUGACAACACAGCUGCCCAAAAGGUGUCCCACCUCCUGGGGAUCAAUGUGACGGAUUUCACUAGAGGUAUCCUCACCCCACGCAUCAAGGUGGGACGAGACUAUGUGCAGAAGGCGCAGACUAAAGAGCAGGCUGACUUUGCCAUCGAGGCCUUGGCCAAGGCCACCUACGAGCGCAUGUUCCGCUGGCUGGUGCUGCGCAUCAACAAAGCUCUGGACAAGACCAAGAGGCAGGGCGCCUCAUUCAUCGGCAUCCUGGACAUUGCAGGCUUCGAGAUCUUUGAUCUGAACUCCUUCGAGCAGCUGUGCAUCAAUUACACCAACGAGAAGCUGCAGCAGCUCUUCAACCACACCAUGUUCAUCCUGGAGCAGGAGGAGUACCAGCGUGAGGGCAUCGAAUGGAACUUCAUUGACUUUGGCCUUGACCUGCAGCCCUGCAUUGACCUCAUUGAGAAACCAGCAGGCCCCCCUGGCAUCCUGGCCCUGCUUGAUGAAGAGUGCUGGUUCCCCAAAGCCACCGACAAGAGCUUUGUGGAGAAGGUGGUACAGGAGCAGGGCACUCACCCCAAGUUCCAGAAGCCCAAGCAGCUGAAGGACAAGGCUGAUUUCUGUAUCAUCCACUAUGCCGGCAAGGUGGAUUACAAAGCUGAUGAGUGGCUGAUGAAGAACAUGGACCCCUUGAAUGACAACAUCGCCACGCUUCUCCACCAAUCUUCUGAUAAGUUCGUCUCGGAGCUGUGGAAGGAUGUGGACCGCAUCAUCGGCCUAGACCAGGUGGCCGGCAUGUCUGAGACAGCACUGCCUGGGGCCUUCAAGACACGGAAGGGCAUGUUCCGCACUGUGGGGCAGCUCUAUAAGGAGCAGCUGGCCAAGCUGAUGGCUACACUGAGAAACACCAACCCCAAUUUUGUCCGCUGUAUCAUCCCCAACCAUGAGAAGAAGGCUGGCAAACUGGACCCACACCUGGUGCUGGACCAGCUGCGCUGCAAUGGCGUUCUUGAGGGCAUCCGCAUCUGCCGCCAGGGCUUCCCCAACAGGGGUUUCCAGGAGUUCCGGCAGAGAUACGAGAUCCUGACACCCAACUCUAUUCCCAAGGGCUUCAUGGAUGGGAAGCAGGCAUGUGUGCUCAUGAUCAAAGCCUUGGAGCUUGACAGCAACCUGUACCGCAUUGGCCAGAGCAAAGUGUUCUUCCGGGCUGGCGUGCUGGCCCACCUGGAGGAGGAGCGGGACUUGAAGAUCACCGAUGUCAUCAUAGGCUUCCAGGCCUGCUGCAGGGGCUACCUGGCCAGGAAGGCUUUUGCCAAACGGCAGCAGCAGCUGACAGCCAUGAAGGUCCUGCAGAGAAACUGUGCUGCCUACCUCAAGCUGCGCAACUGGCAGUGGUGGAGGCUUUUCACCAAGGUCAAGCCGCUGCUGCAGGUGAGCCGACAGGAGGAGGAGAUGAUGGCUAAGGAGGAGGAGUUGGUGAAGGUGCGGGAGAAGCAGCUGGCUGCGGAGAACAGACUCACGGAGAUGGAGACUCUGCAGUCUCAGCUCAUGGCGGAGAAGCUGCAGCUACAGGAGCAGCUGCAGGCAGAAACCGAGCUGUGUGCUGAGGCUGAGGAGCUCCGGGCCCGCCUGACCGCCAAGAAGCAGGAGCUGGAGGAGAUCUGCCAUGACCUGGAGGCCAGGGUGGAGGAGGAAGAGGAGCGCUGCCAGCACUUGCAGGCAGAGAAGAAGAAAAUGCAGCAGAACAUCCAGGAACUCGAGGAGCAGCUGGAGGAGGAGGAGAGUGCCCGGCAGAAGCUGCAGCUGGAGAAAGUGACCACAGAGGCCAAGCUGAAGAAGCUGGAGGAGGACCAGAUCAUCAUGGAAGACCAGAACUGCAAACUGGCCAAGGAGAAGAAGCUGCUGGAAGACAGAAUAGCUGAGUUUACUUCGAACCUCAUGGAAGAAGAGGAGAAGUCCAAGAGCCUGGCCAAGCUCAAGAACAAGCAUGAGGCAAUGAUCACUGAUCUGGAAGAGCGCCUCCGCAGGGAGGAGAAGCAGCGACAGGAGCUGGAGAAGACACGCCGCAAGCUGGAGGGGGACUCCACAGACCUCAGUGACCAGAUUGCCGAGCUGCAGGCACAGAUAGCUGAGCUCAAGAUGCAGCUGGCCAAGAAGGAGGAGGAGCUGCAGGCUGCCCUGGCCAGAGUGGAAGAAGAAGCUGCUCAGAAGAAUAUGGCCCUAAAGAAGAUUCGGGAGCUGGAGUCUCAGAUUUCUGAACUCCAGGAAGACCUGGAAUCUGAGCGAGCUUCUAGGAAUAAAGCUGAGAAACAGAAACGGGAUCUUGGAGAAGAGCUGGAGGCUCUGAAAACAGAGUUGGAGGAUACUUUGGACUCCACAGCUGCCCAGCAAGAACUGAGGUCCAAACGUGAGCAGGAAGUGAACAUCCUAAAGAAGACCCUUGAGGAGGAGGCCAAGACUCAUGAGGCCCAGAUCCAGGAGAUGAGGCAGAAGCACUCGCAGGCUGUGGAGGAGCUGGCUGAGCAGCUGGAGCAGACAAAGCGGGUGAAAGCCACCCUUGAGAAGGCAAAGCAGACCCUGGAGAGUGAACGGGGUGAGCUGGCCAACGAGGUGAAGGCCCUGCUACAGGGCAAGGGGGACUCUGAGCACAAACGCAAGAAGGUAGAGGCUCAGCUGCAGGAGCUGCAGGUCAAGUUCAAUGAGGGAGAGCGCGUGCGCACCGAGCUGGCUGACAAGGUCACCAAACUGCAGGUUGAGCUGGACAAUGUGACUGGUCUUCUCAACCAGUCUGAUAGUAAAUCCAGCAAGCUCACCAAGGACUUCUCUGCACUGGAGUCUCAGCUGCAGGACACUCAGGAGCUGCUGCAGGAGGAGACCCGGCAGAAGCUGAGCCUGAGCACCAAGCUGAAGCAGAUGGAGGAUGAGAAGAACUCCUUCAAAGAGCAGCUGGAGGAGGAGGAGGAGUCCAAGCAUAACCUGGAGAAGCAGAUUGCUACUCUUCAUGCCCAGGUGACCGACAUGAAGAAGAAGAUGGAGGAUGGUGUGGGGUGCCUGGAGACUGCAGAGGAAGCUAAAAGGAAGCUCCAGAAGGACCUGGAGGGGCUGACCCAGCGCCAUGAGGAGAAAGUUGCUGCCUAUGAUAAGCUGGAGAAGACCAAGACACGGCUACAGCAGGAGCUAGACGACCUGCUUGUGGACUUGGACCACCAACGACAGAGCGUCUCCAACCUGGAGAAGAAGCAGAAGAAGUUUGACCAGCUCCUGGCCGAGGAAAAGACCAUCUCUGCCAAGUACGCUGAGGAACGUGACAGAGCUGAGGCAGAGGCCCGAGAGAAGGAGACCAAAGCACUGUCACUGGCCCGGGCGCUGGAGGAGGCCAUGGAGCAGAAGGCAGAACUGGAACGGCUCAACAAGCAGUUCCGCACGGAGAUGGAGGACCUCAUGAGCUCCAAGGAUGACGUGGGCAAGAGUGUCCACGAGCUGGAGAAGUCCAAGCGGGCUCUGGAGCAGCAGGUGGAGGAGAUGAAGACCCAACUCGAGGAGCUGGAGGAUGAGCUGCAGGCUACUGAGGAUGCCAAGCUGAGGUUGGAAGUGAACCUGCAGGCCAUGAAGGCCCAGUUUGAGCGGGACCUGCAGGGCCGCGAUGAGCAGAGUGAAGAAAAGAAGAAGCAGCUAGUCAGACAGGUGCGGGAGAUGGAGGCAGAGCUGGAGGACGAGAGGAAGCAACGCUCCAUUGCCGUGGCUGCUCGGAAGAAGCUGGAGAUGGACCUGAAGGAUCUAGAGGCACACAUAGACACGGCCAACAAGAACCGGGAAGAAGCCAUUAAACAGCUGCGGAAGCUGCAGGCCCAGAUGAAGGACUGCAUGCGCGAGCUAGAGGACACGCGUGCCUCCCGAGAGGAGAUCCUGGCACAGGCCAAGGAGAGCGAGAAGAAGCUGAAGAGCAUGGAGGCCGAGAUGAUCCAGCUGCAGGAG